UGAGCAGCAGCAGCAGCUACUGGUUCACUAGUUUGGUGACUUUCAAGAUGGACGCUAUAAGCUAGAUAGGUUUCUGUUUCUUUUUCGCUUCGCAGAGCGCAUAUGGUCGACCAUCCAUAUCAGGAGACACGUAGGGGGACUCGAGAAGUUUCCUAUUUGGCGGAUGUAUGAUUUAGAGGAGGGGGGAAGUGAAUAAAGUUGAAGAUAUUCGCCUCGUCGUGUUUGGACGUGGUGGAUAUUUUGUAACUUCCUGGUUCGCUUUGACCUGUCAGUAGACUCGGAGGACCCUGGAAGCUUCCGCUGGUUCUGGAUUUGUGGGAUUUAUUAUUUUUUUUCUUCACUCGUUUGAGAUGUUUGAAAGCGGGGAUAACUCUUUAAAAAGAUACGCCAAGGGAAAGGGGCAGAUUUCAUAAGCGAUGGAAAGUCGUAAUGGUGGUGCAUCGAGUGAAGGUAUUCUGAUACCUGUGUGUGAAUCUUCGGAGCUCUUUCACACCAGUAUAUUGGCUCCACUUCAAAGUGCGUACUUAUACGAAGAAUCAAAGCACUUUUUCAGAUACAAUUCUGCUGUUCUAGUCAAGAACCCCGACCUGGAGGAAAAGUACCACGCGUUUCGAGCAGGGAAAAGAACCGCAGGCUACUCGGAAGAGGAUCUCCAGGAAACAUUUGGCUUUUUGUUGUUUGACGAUGGCAGCAAGGCGAAUGCUGUUGGAAAAAGCGGUGUGAUCUCUGGAAACGGCUCAUGCACAACCUUAGGAGACCCAGCAAAAGGUGUUUACAUAUCCAUGUUCUCUGAUUGUUUGGAUCUAAAUCGCUGGUAUCAUGGGAAAUCUGGGUACAUUGCCAUCAUCAAGCUGACAAAGGGUAAAGUGAAAAACGUUGCUGAGAACUACACCCAGAAUUUCACAGAACCUUCCGUUGGCUUCGACUGUCACGUGUCAGACCAGCUGCCCUCUGUGUCUGCCAAAACCAGCUCCUUCCUUGCUUUUGAGAGAACCCAGUUUUACAUAUACGAGCUGCUAAAUGAUGGCAGCGGUGGAACAUCUCGGUGUCCCAGCGCCGCAUGUCCAUUUGCUAUUGUGUCGUUUUCAUAUAUGGACACAAAAGCAUCACAUGUUCCACAAGAGAAAAGUGAGCUGAAAAUACAAGUUUGUCACUACUUGACGUGGAGAGGUCAGCUUCAGAUUGAGAGCCAGUUUUACCAUGUUGACCUCAGGUCCAACGUCAUGGCUUUUAUUCCUGCACAGCUACCACCAGUGAUCAAGGUCAACCAAGCCAUUUCCAUGUCAGAUCUGAGAAUCCUGUUGCCUAGAGCUGCGUUUGAAACGAGCUUUACUGAAGAAGUCUUCUUGGAGGGAUUUUACUGUGAUUUGUGUGAGUUUGUGUCCUCAGAAGCAAAGGAAGCCAACUCAUUUGCUCUCCUCCUCUCAAAGAUGAAGGAAAAGGAUCUUGCUCUUUGCAUUCCUCUACAUGAUGGAGGGUUUCUUAUUUUAAUGCGCUCUUCACACUUCCUCAGAUAUGACGAUGCUGAGUCUACCUCAGCAGAGGUCAUGAAUGGCCUCUUUGUGUUUCCUGACUCGCGGGUUGUGAGGAGAGACACAAAAUUCCGAGGGAAAAGCACUUCCCUGUCUAAUGAGAUUCUUGGAGUUCUACCAGUGCUAAGUUACGCUGAGGGCGAAGCUGAGAAGGCAUGCUUGGGUCCAAACGACGAACUUUGUGAAGUGUUUGCUCAGCACAUGCAGAGCUAUGCUACUUUAAUAAAUCCAGGAUUCUCCUUAGGUUCAUCGAGACUAUCAAGGGAACUGAGUAUCUUUCCAGAUCAGUACGAUGUGGCAGAUGCCCACAAACAUCUCUAUUCAUCUCCUGAGUGGAAUACCAGGACAUGGCAAACCUUCAAGUCUUACUUGAAUAAACCAGCCUCCUUUCAACUUCCAAUUGCCAAGGUAUCUGAAAUCUUGGCGUCAGGACAAGAGGAGCGAAGAGAGGAUCUUGAUGAUUGUGUUUACAUCUGCCUGUCAUCCCCUGAGGCGGGACCAACCAGCCCAGUUAGCAUGGAAGCACAAGAUCACUUCUCAAAUGAGCAAUCACAAGAUAAUAUUAAGACAUCCAUGGAUGUUGAUUUGCCAAGUACUGAAUUACAAGUUGCUCCAACCCAAUUUUCUCGGAUGACAGACAUUUUGCUAAGUGAAAAUGGUACCAAAGACUAUAUAAAAUGUACUUCAGUCACUGAGCAGAUGGACAAAUCUGACGAUCCGAAAGCACAAGACCCACUUAGUCCAUCGACAACAGAGGAUCUCCCUGCUGAGCUCAUCGUCAGCUUAACUUCAGCGGAACCAAGUGUCCCCGACAAAGACUCAGAAGCCAAGCAUACAGACUUUCAUUUUUGUGGUCUUUCAACCAUCACCAAAUUACAAACAGCUGAGGUAAACUCUGCCAUUGAGGAGUCUGACAAAACAAAAAACUGUUUGGAUUUAUCUAUGGUCACCAAGCACCAAACGAGUACAAAACGAAGGAGAAGGCGAAGAAGACGCGGCCUAACAAAGAAAAAGGUUCAUAAAACUUCUGUCAAGACUGAGAGUUUAAAUACUGUUGUAUCCUCAGUUGAGGUUGAGCAUUUAAACCACAAAACAGAGGAGCAAAAUGAACAAUUAAAUCUACCGCAGUUAAGUCCUACAAAACCUAAAUGGAAAAGACCUUACAAGAGGAAGCGUGUAUUUGGGACACUAUCAUCAAAAAAUAAGAAACUGAAGUCUGCUAAAGUUCAGUCAGCCAAAGAUGCAAAGAAGAUUUUAGAUGCUGGACCGGAGAGUUUGAAAAGCCCAAUUAUUCUGGGUCUUCAGGCUUUACCUCUAAGAAAGAAAACAGUUCGUUGGGACAUUAAACCUGUCACCAGUGAAUGUGGAAGGGUUUUGCAUCCUUUUGGCUCUGUAGAUUUUGUCAAUCAGAUGAAAUCAAUGCAGUGUGCAGCAAAAGACAAGUGCCUUGACAAGUUGUCAAAUGACAUCCCUGUGAUGGUUCCUGACUCGGCUAUAAUGAAUAAACAACUUGGCACAGCUUCACUGAUGGCGACUGACAUUUCAACUCCAACAAGUGAUGAUGGUGGUCAGAUACCUUUGCCCCCUACCACGUGUACCACUUCUCCAAGAAAUGCUGACACAAAUAGUCUUUCAUCUACAACGGUUGAGUCCAAACUGCCUGGAAACAUUUCUCCAACCAAGAUUUUUGCAAAAGGGGACCUAUUACUAAGUAAACUAAAGUCAGUUCUCUCAAGUCGAAAGAGAGAGCUAGGUCUUAUCAGGGAGCGACAAAAGACAGAAUGUGUAGACCAAGAAAGCGAGCCUUGUUUGAAGAAAACCAAAGUGGACUCUGACAAAGAGACAAUUGAGGAUAAUAUAACUCCCCAAAGUGACAGUGUUUCCAAAAUGGCAUCCGUUGAUCCUGGAUUUGCAUAUUACUUAGGCUUGACCCCUAAAGAGAAUGUAAAAAAUGAGAAAGCAGAACAUACCUUCUCGGAAAAACAGCAACAAAUAAUUCAAAAGCCCCCCUCAUUUAUUCCAACGAGGGGUAGAAUAAAGACUCUGAAAAGACUUCAGGGCAUCUCUGCUGAAACUGUUAAAAAGAAAUGUACACCCUUCCAGGUACCACCCUUAAGUGGUUCAACGAGACUUCUAAACCAUCACCACACAAAGUAUGGCGAUGGACUUAAAACACUACACGCCCCUGUCAAUAUGGAGGACACAGGUGAAAACAUCAAGACCUCUGAAUACCUGUCGAAGCAGAAGGAAAGGUUCAAAACCUCACGAACCUUCGUAAUGAAGGAGAAUACUAUACAAGUCACCAGAAAAUGGCAAGAAAACUACAACUUCAAUCUAGACAGCAGGUUUACUAGUGACCCGAAGGAUAAAGCAGUCAUCAGAGCUUUGCAUGGGCCAUGGGAUUUCUUCAUCCAAGACACUACUGAAGAGGUGCGACUCAUCUUCCACAUGUGGAUAGGCCUGUUUUACAGCCGGUCAACAGAACGGUUCUUUCAAGUUGAUCCAAGUUUUAUGCCACCAUGUUCAGAGAAGAGUGGGCCACUCAAAAUAACAAGUGGAACUUCAUUAGGCCAAACUCGGCCGGAGCCUGAGAUCAAUUCAACUGCAACUCUAGCAGAAACUCCAAACCAGGGAGUUUCAGAAAUGCUGGACUUAAGCAAACCAGAGAGCAGUGACUCAGUAACGGAAUCUGAAAUUUUGGAUUUGUCGGUGAAAAAACUUGAAGCCAAACCUGUUCCAUGGAGCAAUCUACAGCCAGCAGCAGACCAACAGGAGAAGGAAACAAUUCAGUUGAACAAAGUGAUGCCACUUGUUGGUGAAAUUUCCGGUGAUAAAAAGAAUGUAGAAAUGAAAUGUGAGGCAACUGAAACUCAGGAAAAGUCAUUACUUUCUGAUCAUGAUAAAAAACCUAAGAGUGACGAGACAUUUGUCUUUCUUGAGCCUGAACCUGACAGAGCUACAUUUGGAAUUGGACCUGUGUCUUAUGAAUCUAAUAAAGAUGUCGUCUCUGAAAAAAAUGGCGUUGAAAAUCGAGAGGCUACAGUAAAGUGCUUACACAAGGAAGAUGAACUGUGCUCACCCACACCCGCUUUGGACAAGAAGGAGAACUCCAACACAGGAGACAGCAAUGUGAUGGGUACAGAUGUAUGUGCUGGUGUGAAACUAAAGGCUAAGGAAUCCUGCCAAAAGGGGAACUAUCCAUGCCAAGAUGGCAAUGAAACUCCUCUAGACAUGAUAAACACAUGUGAUACAAAUGUGAACGAAGAAUUAGAUACUGUCUGUAAUGGAGAUGUAAAAGAGAAGCAGUCAAGUGAGCAAAGUUUAGAAAAGACUGACAGUCUUGGAGAAAAUAUGGAUUUUUGUACAAGGCUUACAACAGAAGAGUUGGAUAAUGAAGAUAAGUGUUUAAGAAAAGAUGGAGAUAAUGAAGAGGAAAGCUGCUCUUCUGCAGCAGACAUUGACAGAGAUUUGAGAAAUCCACUGUUACCCAAGCUGUGUGAUGGUUUUAUACAGCAAGCUUACAUUUCAGAGAUUAGCCGGAUACAAAUGGAUGAACGGCUGCCAUCGUCUGACAGCACAGGAGAGGCUCCCUUGAGUGGAAAUCCCACAGUUUUGGAAGAUGAAAGUCCCACUUUAGACACUCCAUCAGAGCCUGCCCCUAAAUUUCAAGACACUACGUUACAGGAUAUAAGCAAAAGAGACUGUCAGAAGCUGGUGUUGCCCAUUUCUAAUGAGAGCAGCUUAUCAUUCAAAGACUCCUACACAAUUCCAUGUCUUCCUCAGGAAAAGGAUGGAAUUGAAUCCAAAAACAUAGCAUCAGACUUGAAUUCUUGCACAUCUAGUAAUGACUGUAAAAGUCAGGAAUCUAAUUUGGAAUGUAAAGAGGGAAACAUUGGCAAUGCUUUGCUAGAACUACAGAUGUCCCAUUCCAAAUCUGAAGUUAAAGAUGUGUCUAAGACGGGGCUGGACUGA